AGGUUCUCUGCAAUAGCAACAAAGUACUCUUAACCAUUGAACCAUCUCUCAAACUCCCUGUUUUGUUCAUUUUUGAGACAGAGUUUCAGUGUGUACCCCAGACUGUCCUAGAAACCUUGAUUUCUUCUUUAGCUUCCCUUGUACUGGGUUACAGAUCUGAACAUACCCAGUUCCACCUGUUAUUUUUUUAACUUUUUAUAUUAUUAUUAUUGUUAUUAUUAGGGCAGGGAACAUAUACACACAUGUGGAAGUCAGAAGAUGAUUUUGGGAAUUCUUCCACUGUGGCUUAUGGCCAGAUCUCCAGCUGUCUCUUAGUUUUUGUGCCUCUUUUGUGUGGCUUGCAGGAAUCAUGAACCUGUACUCUACUGUCUGAUCUGGGCCAGCCAGCCCUUGGUAAAGGAACACUUGGGAGCAUCUGUGGUGUCUUGUGCUGUGUAAUCUCUGAGAGAAGCCACAGACAGCAUGUAAAUAAGUGAGCACAGCCUUGUCUAGCCAAACCAUUUGUAGACACUGAAAUGUGAAUUUCAAGCCUGACGUGGUAGCUUACACUUGUAGUCACAGUACUUGGGAGGCAGAGGCAGGAGGACCCUGAGUUGAAAUGCAAUCUGGGCUGCAUAGUGAGACCCUGUCUUCAGAAAAAGGGCGUGUGUGUGACAUUUUAGCUCACAUAAGUUUCAUUUCUCAUACCCUUUCAUUCUUUUUUUUUUUUUUUGAGGUGUGGGUUUGCAGGUGUUAAAACAACUCUGUAAGCCAGGCUAGCUUUGAACUCACAGAAAUCCAUCUGCCUAUUCCUCCUAAAAGCGUGCACCAAAGCUACCUGGCUUGUUUUGUUUUCUGGCCAUUUCAAAGUAUGAAUUAAAAACUUUCAAAUAUCACAGGGUCACCAAGCCAAUAGGACCAGUCCCUUGGCAAAAGCAGUCCCUUACAUGCUAACUCAGAAGCUGGAAAACAUUACUUCAUGGGAGAAACAGCUGGUUCUAGCUGCAACUUCAUGGUGAGAGGUUGCAGGACUACCUGGCCCCAUGCCUGACUGUGUUGAGAGAGUUUGGGCUUGAUGCUGGUGGUCCUCUCAGGUGUCAAGUUGCUGACUCUCAGAAGUACUACACAGGCUGGUACUUGUCAUGUGGGACUGUCCCUUGACCCCAUAGUACUUUAGGUGUGUCUCUUGGCUCCUUAUAUCAGCCUCCCCUCAUCUAUACCCUAAUACCAGAGUCAGUGUUAUAGAGGCUUACUCAGAAGCCAGAGAAAGUGCUGUCAGUGGUGGUAGGGGAGCCAGGGUGGGAACUGCUGAAACCAGGACAAGUGUGUGGUCUACCUAUCCAGACAUCUUAACCUACUGCCCAAAGAGGGGACACACACACACACAGACCCAGUCACCCUGUGUGUGUUGGUCUCCCCAACUGCCAACAGGUAUAAACUGGCUCUCCUUGCAGCACAAAAAUCUACCCUCUUCCUCCUGGUCAUGGACAGUUUCUCGGGUUCCCUGGCAUUCUCCAGGUCUAGGGUUUGCCUGCCGGCUGCCCUUCCUCCGGUGUGGGCACUCUCCUCUCUCCAUGCUUCCGUUCGCGUGCCACCGGCCAGAGGUGACCAGGCCCGGCUCUCUUCGUGGCCACUGUCAGGGGGGCCAUGGGGAGCUCCGCCUCCUCCUUGGCUGCCGAGACGGAGUCAGACCACGGCUUCCCUGGGGGGCCACCCUACCCAGGGCCCCCGGCAGCAGCUGGCUGGUGUAGGAGCGGACCUGGGGAGACUGUCUGGGGAAGUGCUCUGGUCACCAGACAGCACCCACGUCCCCGGGCCCGAAGCCACACGCAUUCUCCUGGGUCUAUGGCCACAGUUGGGGAGUGGUCCUGUGCGCGCUGCACCUUUCUGAACCCUGCCGGCCAACGCCAGUGCUCCAUCUGUGAGGCCCCCAGGCACAAGCCAGAUCUUGACCAGAUCCUGCGACUCAGCGUGGAGGAGCAGAAAUGGCCCUGUGCGCGUUGUACAUUCCGGAACUUUUUAGGCAAAGAGGCUUGCGAAGUGUGUGGCUUUACCCCAGAGCCUGUUCCUGGAGCCCCUCUGCUGCCCAUUAUCAAUGGGGUCCUGCCCAAGCCACCCACCAUCCUGGUGGAACCAAAGGGCAACUGCAAGGAGGAAGCAGGCUCUGUGCGGACAGCAGGGCUAGUGGCCAUGGAGCCAGUCAGAGGGCACCCUGAGAAAGAAGAAGAAAAGGAGCAGGAGGACGAAGGGGAAGGGGCUGAGCCUGGCAGUGGCUGGGCAUGCCAGCGCUGUACACUGCAUAACACACCAGUGGCCAGCUCUUGUUCUGCCUGUGGGGGACCCCGGAAACUGUCAUUACCUCGCAUCCCCCCAGAGGCCCUGGUGGUUCCCGAGGUUGUGGCCCCUACUGGCUUCCAUGUUGUUCCUGUUCCAUCCCAGCCUAUCCUCCCUGGGGAAAGUGCUGAUGCUGAUUCUCCUUCUACCAGCCAGGGUCCCAUCUCCACUGACCAGGAGCCCCCCAGGGUACCACCCUUCAGCCCCUUCUCACCCACCCUACAGAACAACCCUGUGCCCAGAAGCCGCCGGGAGGUCCCUCCUCAGCUUCAGCCACCUGUGCCUGAGGCUGCUCAGUCUUUGACCUCCACAAGCUCCAAAGGGCCUCCACAGGGCCCUGGAAGAGCUGCAGCUGGGGCCUCCCGCCUAGCUGAGCUGCUAUCAGGCAAGGAGUUGCUACCAGGCAAGCGACUGAGUGUAUUGGAGGAGGAGGCCCCAGAAAGCAGCCCUGCCCGCUGUGAGUCGUGCAGUGAUGUCAUUGACCUGGCUGGAGACACUGUGCGCUACACACCUGCCAGCCCCUCCAGCCCUGACUUCACCACCUGGUCAUGUGCCAGGUGCACACUUAGGAACCCCACAACAGCCCCCAGGUGUUCAGCAUGUGGCGGCUCCAAGCUGCAUGGUUUCCAGGAGCACAGUGAGCCCCCUACCCACUGCCCCGACUGUGGUGCCGACAAGCCUGGCCCCUGUGUCGGCUGCUGUGGACGAGCUCCCUCAGCACACAAGGCUGCCCGCCUCUUGCCUGAUCGCCUGGGCCAGUGGGCCUGCCCUGCCUGCACUCUGAUCAACACACCGCGGGCCAAGCACUGUGCAGCCUGCCAUACACCACAGCUUCUAGUGACCCAGUGCCGGGGGGCUACACCCCUGAGGCGCAGGGAGAGCAUGCAUGUGGAGAAGCGGAGGCAGACAGACGAGGGCGAGGCCAAGGCACUCUGGGAGAACAUAGUGGCUUUCUGCAGAGAGAACAGUGUGAACUUUGUGGAUGACAGCUUCCCCCCCGGGCCUGCAUCUGUCGGCUUCCCAGUGGGCGACAGCGUCCAGCAGCGAGUGAAGCAGUGGCUGCGGCCCCACGAAAUCAACUGCUCUGUCUUCAGGGACCAAGGCACUCCGUGGUCAGUCUUCCACACCCUGAGGCCCUCUGACAUCCUACAGGGCCUGCUGGGGAACUGCUGGUUCCUGAGUGCGUUGGCAGUCCUGGCUGAACGUCCCGACCUUGUGGAGAGGGUGAUGGUUACACGUAGCCUAUGUGCAGAGGGCGCCUACCAGGUGCGGCUGUGCAAGGAUGGCACGUGGACAACAGUACUUGUGGACGACAUGCUGCCCUGCGACGAGGCUGGCUUUCUGCUCUUCUCACAGGCACAACGGAAGCAGCUGUGGGUGGCCCUCAUUGAGAAGGCGCUGGCCAAGCUGCACGGCUCCUACUUUGCACUCCAGGCAGGGCGUGCCAUUGAAGGCCUGGCCACACUCACCGGUGCCCCCUGUGAGAGUCUGGCGCUGCAGGUCAGCUCCACUAAUCCCCGAGAAGAACCUGUUGAUACUGACCUCAUCUGGGCCAAAAUGCUGAGUUCUAAGGAGGCUGGGUUUCUCAUGGGUGCCUCCUGUGGGGGAGGUAACAUGAAGGUAGAUGAUGCUGCUUACGAGAGCCUGGGUCUGCGCCCCCGCCAUGCUUACUCCAUCUUGGAUGUUCGUGAUGUUCAGGGCUCCAGGCUCCUGCGACUCCGGAACCCAUGGGGCCGUUUCUCCUGGAAUGGCAGCUGGUCGGAUGAGUGGCCACACUGGCCAGGGCACCUACGAGCUGAGCUCAUGCCACAUGGCAGCAGCGAGGGUGUUUUCUGGAUGGAGUAUAGUGACUUUAUCAGGUACUUUGACUCUGUGGACAUCUGCAAGGUGCACUCAGAUUGGCAGGAGGCACGGGUUCAGGGAUGUUUCCCAAGCACUGCCAGUGGACCAGUGGGUGUGACCGCGCUGACAGUGCUGGAGCGUGCCUCCCUGGAGUUUGCCCUUUUCCAGGAGGGCAGCAGGCGCUCGGAUUCAGUAGACAGCCACCUCCUGGAUCUCUGCAUCCUGGUGUUCCGGGCCACUUUUGGCACUGGUGGCCGCCUGAGCCUGGGCCGCCUCUUGGCCCACAGCAAACGUGCUGUUAAGAAGUUUGUGAACUGUGAUGUCAUGCUGGAACCUGGCGAGUAUGCUGUGGUGUGCUGUGCCUUCAACCACUGGAACCCUGCUCCACCAGGGCCCCCUGCCCAGGGUAAGGGCCCCAGCCAGAUGAGGCCCAUACCCACCUUCCCAUCCUCUGAGCCCCAAAGCCCACCCACGGGAAAGCUGCUGGCUCCGCUAUCCACACCCCUCACAGCCUCCAGCCCCUCAACAGGGGCCCCCCGAGGUGCCCCCGAGCCACCCGGCCACGUACUCGCAGUGUACAGCUCCAGGCUGGUCAUGGUGGAGCCGGUGGAGGCGCAGCCAACCACACUGGCCGAUGCCAUCAUCCUGCUCACUGAGAGCCGGGGCGAGCGGCAUGAGGGCCGAGAGGGCAUGACCUGCUACUACCUGACUCAUGGCUGGGCGGGGCUCAUCGUGGUAGUGGAGAACCGGCACCCCAAGUCCUACCUGCAUGUGCAAUGUGAUUGCACCGACAGCUUCAAUGUGGUAUCCACACGUGGCAGCCUGCGCACCCAGGACAGUGUACCACCUCUGCACAGGCAGGUCCUGGUGAUCUUGUCCCAGCUGGAAGGCAAUGCUGGAUUCUCUAUCACCCACCGCCUGGCACAUCGCAAAGCAGCCCAGGCCUUCCUCAGCGACUGGACGGCCUCUAGGGGUACCCACAGCCCCCCACUCACACCUGAUGUGGCUGGUCUCCAUGGACCCCGGCCACUAUGACUACAGUUCCCUAGGGCAGGGCCUAUGUGCAGAUCCACCCACCUGCCCUCCCCUACAUGCACUUUAUGAGGGAGACCCCCAAUGGAGGAUGCUUGAACCAGAAUCUCAGGACCCUGCCCAGGGAGCCGCCGGCUACAGGGUGCAGCCUCCCCUGGGCCUCCCUCCCCUCCUCCCACACUCCAAAUACCCUCAGUCCCCCACCAGGCCUCCCAGCUGCCAUGCUGAAUACCUCGAGCCGGGUGGGCUUCAUUCCAGUACUUCUAUCCUGAGCCCUGGGGACAGCUUCAGGUGGCCAAGGCCCUGUGAAUAUGCAGUCACUUGCUAUAGAGAGGCAGUCCAGAUACAUGUUCAGAGAACCAGAUCUGGGGGUUCAGAGGCCAUGAUCCUGCCUUGAGAGCCUAGGCAACCCUUUGCGGAGGCUCUGAUCUGCUGCUUCCCCCCCUUGGUUUGUUCCCAAGCCCAGCUCCCUGCCUAGUGAGCAGGGUCCUGAUAGCCCUGGCACAUGAGCGGCGCAUUGCAGGAAGCAGAUGCUUGGUGGCCAUCAGCCAGGGCUUGGGGACAGCUGCCUCUCCUGCAACACUAUGCAAUUCCUGGAGCACCUGCCAGGAUCGAAGCCAUGAUGAGGUGGCAGGUUGGGAGCCGGACCCUUCCUGGCUGUCUGGAGAAGCGCUUCGUCCUUAGCUUCCCUGGCCACCAUCAGCGCUGUCCCAUUGCCUCGGUCUGUCCACAAAGGACACCCUCCAACCCAGUCCCGUCACAGGCACAUGUAAGGUGUGACUGACUACUUCCUCUCCUAGAUGAGGGAGCUAAGCUGUCCACCUGCCCAGCAUUCCCCUAGCUGCUUGUCAAGAUCAGAGCCCUUAUCUGUCACAUGGACGCCUGAGUCAUUUCCUGUGCCCCCCCCCACCUGGCCGCCACUGUCCUGCAGCCCCCUAGGUAGUGGGCAGCUCGCACACCCACUGUCCUUGCCUCUAUGGGGCUUGCAAGGGUUUUUAUACCUAGAGAAACAUUCCCUUCCCCUCUGGGCCUCCUUUUACUCUGAGCUGUGAAUAUUUUUAACCCUGUAAAUAGGACCAGCUCUUCGAACACAGAGACUAUUUUAUCAGCUAUCAGUCCCUUCCUUGUUCGAUGACUCCAUAGGCCAUUUCCACUCAGGCUCCAAGGACCAAAUAAAAGCGUUUUGUUUUGUAA